AAUAACCCAGUGAGUCAACUCAGUGAGUCAACUCGUGUUGCAACUCAGCAUCCACUUACUUCCCUGUGAAGAAAAUGAAGGCCGGAAUUACUAAGCUCGUAGUUUUCCACCCGCCGGUGUCAUCGGCGGCGGCGGCGUCUCCUCGCGUUCUGCUUCUGGGUUUCGUCUCAUUCUUCGCUUUGGCUUCUGCCCUCACUUUCUUCUCCGGCAAGGACGCCUUUUCCGCCGCCGGGACCGCCGGUGAGGGAGGAAAUUUUCCGGGAAUACCACAGCCGGUGUUGGAAGCGCUCCUGCAUUACGCCGCCGCGAACACGACGUUUGUGUCUUCCCGAAUGUCGUCCGCGGAGGUGGGCGCCGUGGCGGCCGCCAUCCUGCGCUGCGGGAAGGGCUGCAACUUGCUUGUUUUCGGGCUGAGCCACGAAACCCUCCUCUGGCAUUCUCUGAACCACGGCGGGCGAACGGUGUUUGUCGACGAGAGCGCGUACAUGGUGGCGAAAGCGGAGGAGAAGCACCGCGGGAUUGAAGCGUACGACGUUCAGUUCACCACCAAAGCCACCCAAUUGUACCGUCUCUUGGACCACGCCAAGGAACGUGUCAUGAAAGAGUGCCGGCCGGUGCAGAAUCUGCUCUUCUCCGAAUGCAAGUUGGCCAUCAACGACCUCCCAAACCACAUCUACGACAUAGCUUGGGACGUCAUCUUGGUGGACGGCCCGCGGGGGUACGCGCCGUCGGCGCCGGGGAGAAUGUCGCCGAUAUUCACGGCCGGCGUGCUGGCCAGGAGCAAGGUGGGCGGCGCGGCGGAAACGCAGGUGUUCGUGCACGAGAUUGGGAGAGAGGUUGAGAGAGUGAGCAGUGAGAGAUUCCUGUGUAAUGCCAAUUUGGUAGAUUUGGUGGAUGCUUUGGGGCAUUUUGCGGUGCCCAAAAUGGACGCUGACAAUUUUGAAUUUUGCCCUGUAUCAUCUUCAUCAAGGAACUCCAUUAAUGGCAGAUGA